UCCCCGACUGUGCUCGUCGUCGAGACUCCUGGUUUUAAGCACCUUCUAAAGCCCUCGACGGUACGGUACGGUUCAAAUUCGGCCUCAUACCCGACGCGGGAUCCUAAUUAAGUCUUGCUUCGAAGUCCUUUGAAACGGAGCCCUUUGUUUGCGGAUUUCCCAUCCGUCCCUGAGACCACUAACGGUCGAGGGAAGUGAUACCACGAGUGUGAGAUUUUAUAGGGCGCAACUUCCACCCCUCGAAUAGGCUAAUUCUCUCGUCCUCCUCCUCCUCCUCCUUCCCCUCCCCCGACUGUUGACCGAAAGACACCAGUCUCAGCGUCUAGACCGACAUGUCUUACAAGCGCUCGGAUGUGCAGCACCAUCCCCUGAUCUGCGAGGAGUCGCCCAUCCCGGGGGCCUCCCCCAUGGGGACGCCGCUCCGAGGCCAGUCCCCCGAGCCAUUGCUGAACGACCUGGCCAUGAACACCUACCGGGAUCCACACGAUCCCGCGCUGAACCUCCUCGAGGUCCCGAAUACCAACUGGACCAGGGGGCCCAUGGAUUCGGAGCUCUCCUCCCUGGCCUCCUCCACCUGCGACAUGAACGAGGACCUGUAUGACCCCAACAAGUUCCAGCAGCCUAAGGGUUUCAACGCCCGGCUAGGUUUUGCCGUAGCCGCCGCAGCCCUGGGCUCAGCCUUCCAACAUGGCUACAAUUUGGGUGUCAUCAACGCUCCACAAAAGCUCAUCGAAGACUGGAUUAAUCAGACCAAUUACGAGCGUCAUGGUGAAUAUCUGACGGAAUCCGUCCAGACGGUCGUCAUAUCUAUCAUGGUUUCCAUCUACUGUAUUGGCGGUAUGAUCGGGGGCGCUUUGACUGGAAUCUUCUCAACCAGAUUCGGACGCAAAGGAGGCCUCCUCGUCAACAACGUCUUCGCCGUCAUCGCCGCCAUCCUCUUCGGGUUCUGCCAAAUGGCCAACUCUUACGAGAUGAUCAUAGCUGCUCGGUUCGUUAUCGGCAUCAACAACGGUCUGAACGCCGGCCUGGCGCCUAUGUAUCUCUCUGAAAUCGCCCCUACCAACCUCAGGGGAGCCAUUGGCACCGUCUACCAGUUGGUCGUGACCAUUUCAAUCCUGUUCUCCCAGGUCAUGGGUCUGGAAUCUAUCUUGGGUACUGAGACGCUGUGGCCUGUCCUUCUGGCACUGACUGCCCUGCCUGCUGUCUUCCAACUUGUCACCCUCCCCAUCUGCCCAGAGUCGCCCAAAUUCCUUCUGAUCAACAAGGACGAGCCUAUGGCUGCCCAGCGAGCUCUCACAUGGUUGCGCGACUCCUCGAACGUACAAGACGAAAUGGGCGAGAUGAGAAACGAGGCAGAAGCUGGUAAACUGGUCCCAUCUGUUUCUCUGCGCGAAAUUCUGACCAACCCCACCCUUCGCAUCCCUCUAGUCAUUUCCAUGAUGAUGAUGCUUGCUCAGCAACUGUCUGGAAUCAACGCUGUUAUCUUCUUCUCUACGAAGAUCUAUAAAUCAGCUGGCUUGAGCGACGAGGCUUCCCUGAACGCCACCAUCGCUAUGGGAUCCAUGAACGUGCUCAUGACCGUCGCCUCCCUCAUCAUGGUCGAGAGGUUCGGUCGCAAAACGCUCAUGCUGGCAGGUCUCUUCGGUAUGCUGGUCGACGUCUUCGUCCUCUUCAUCUGCCUGCUGCUCAAGGACACCGCCCCUUGGGUCAGCUACCUGUCUAUCUUCCUUGUGAUCCUCUUCGUGGUCAUGUUCGCCACCGGGCCGGGCUCCAUCCCCUGGUUCCUGGUCACGGAGCUCUUCGCCCAGAACGCCCGUCCCAUGGCGUCUUCCAUUGCCGUCGCCGUCAACUGGACCGCCGCCUUUUUGGUCGGUCUCGGCUUCCUGCCUAUUCAGGAGCUCGUAGGUCCAUACGUCUUCCUGAUCUUCGUGGUCCUCCUGGCAGGCUUCAUUGCCUUCACCUGGAAGAAAGUACCAGAAACCAAAGGCAAGACGAUCGACGAAAUCACAGCAAUAUUCAAGCAGUCGGCCUACGGCGCCAACAGCGUCUGAAGAAGACCCACUACCACCACCACAGUCCCUUAAAGAUUUCUAUUAUAAAAAAAUAUCAGUGAUUGAUACUACUGAUAGAAGUGAGAUCUCUAUAGCAGGUUCAUGGGUUGCCUUCAAUGCAAUAAGCAUUUUUUAGAAAGCCUUAAAACUUCAAGAAGAAAGUCAUGCCAAGUGCAAUAUGUGCGUGCGUUUGUUUUGAUACGAUUAGUUUUGAAAGCACACCUUUUUUCAUUUAUAUUUUAAUCACUUGCAUUAGAUUUAUAGAUGGGAAUCAAGAGUCUGACUUGCUUUUUGCGUGAAUGGCAAUUUGAACUCAAAACUGCAUUUAGUUGUUGUUCAUUACGAAUCUAUAGUUACAUGUACUCGACUGUCUUGUAACUGAAUGUGGGCAUUUUGAAAGCAGGCAGGGCUGGCAUAUAAUGUGUUGGUACUUCGAUAUUGGCCCAGUAAACAGUGUAAAUCUUGGACAUUUUUGUGCACACGAGACACAAAUUUCUCUUUUAUAUUAGCUGUAUCAGUAACGUGAUAUUCAAGUAUUAGUCAAAUUAGGAGAGAGAUAUUGUUAGCAGAACCGUAGUCCUAGCUUUUAUAGGGCCGUCUGGCGCGCUACAACACUUACACUGCGUCGGGUUUUUUUUACGUAGAAAUAUUCAAGAAAAAAAAUUAUAGAGAUGAGUCUAAACGGAGGGUGCUAUAUAUAUUAUAAGCUACUCCCUGUCUGAGUUAUAUGUAAUAGCUUGUCGUGAGGUUUAUAUAUGACAAUUUUCUUUUUUUUAUUUGCCAAAGCAAUCUAAGAUUAUAGUUUUCUUUUUGUCCAAAGUGGGCGGGUUGCACACCUUCUGGGAGAAGGGGGCUGCACAUCGCCAUACAGAAAGGUCCAAGGAGGUUAGGUUUCGGUCUUCCUGAUUUGCUCGAGUGUCUCGAACUGGUCGUGUCGUCCCAGGCUCGGUUGCUGGUUCGUGUCUUUAGUUUUGCGCUAAACGAGGUUCGUCGUUCUUAGGAAAAAAACGAAAUGGAACUCUCGUAUAUAUAUACCUCGGUGUGACCGCUAAAACCCUCAAGGUAUCCAAAUACUCAUACAUAACAAAAGCGGAACUUCGUUCGAACAGCAUCAAAGAGAUUCGGAUCUCGCGAGCUUCCUGUGUCAGGAGGACCGUUUCUAGCCUUCCCCCCAUUGCUGUGUGAUAUAAGAGAAAUUCGAUUUGGGGGACGAUUCCCCCCCUUUAAUGGUAGAUUUUUUAAAUUAUCAUUAUUAGAUUUUUACGAAACAUGAAGGAGGUUCGUGAAUUGCAAGUGCAUUCAUUGCCGUAUAUCAAAGGCGAGUUCUAACAAAAUAAAUAUUUUUUGUUCUGUUUCGCUAGUUUUCUACUCGGAUGCAAACGUAUUAUCAUACAUCUGUCAGCACCCAAAACCGACCAACGUUAUUCACGAUGUUAAACGACGCUUUUUUAGAUGAUGUAAAGAUUAAUAUGAUAAAAAUAAAUGCGAAUUAUUAAACUAAAUCGCUUCAAGUAUAUAGCGCAUUCUCUUAGCCCGCGUAGAAGGGGAAACCGGGUAUUAUUACGAUGAUCGAUUGAAGCAGAGCUCUCUAUAGUGAACUUCUGUCCACGUUGAAGCGUCUCCUUGUCAAUUCUUUUUAUUUUAAUGAGCCUUUCAAAGAGCCACAGUGGCUCGUGACGACUCCAGUCUUUAAUGUUAUAUAGUCUGUUGAUUUUACUUUUAUUUCUUAGAUAUUCAUUCCCGCUUUGAUCUAGUCAUAACGUUUAAAAGCUGAAGAAAGUCGUUGUUAUUUUUGUAAGUUGAGAGAUUGACGAACUCAAAAAGGAAAAAAAAAAUAUUGAUUAUAUGUGAAAUUUCCACCCCUCCAGACACCCCCCACCAAAUCAACCAUGCGUUUUCACAUCCUCUGUUGUAAUGUUAAACUGUUGAAGAUGUUGAAAGUUCGUUUUUCCCCUGGUUUUUCUAAAGUUGUAAUUGGCUCUGCCCAGGAGCUUGUCACUAGGCCUAUGCUCAUUACAGGAAAGUGAUAAAGUUGCCUCCCCCAGCCUAAAACAUAUAACCCGUUGACCGUUGAUCGUUUAUUAUCAAGUCUAUCGAUAGAAAUCCCCAAUUUAUAGAGAUGAAUAUACAGUUGUUAGAGUUUUAUUUAUUUUUUCAAGACUUCCAGUGUAAUUGUGCAGUUCUAUCUGGUAUAUCGACAACGAUCGAGAUAUAAAAGGAAAAAAAAGGCAGCUUUUCGUUUUUUACGCGUUUGGUAGAAGCCCCCAGAUGCCUGUGUUUUUUGUAAAUACAUUAUUGUAUGUUUUUAUGUGCAGCCGAAUGCUGUUUUCCUCCACUGCGGAGGGAUUAUAAAGGCUUCUGGUGUUUAGGAAUGACCACAAGAGCUGUGAUAGGCUUAUAGAGGGUUUUCCCACUUGAUAGAAUAGGCCUGAUUUCAUUAGACGGACACAUUCUCAUCUUCCCCCAACGUCAUAGAAGCAACGAGGUUAGACCUAUAUAGGAUAAUUCAAGCCACCAACAGCUUUUGCAAAGAAAGUUAGAGAGAGAAAGCGUUGCAAUUUGAUUGGCCAGAUAAACCAAUGCUGUUUCGUUUGCCGUUUCCCAUCGAUGUUGUGUCAGUGUCCUUUUUCGUAAGAAGUGCUAUUUGAAAAACAAAAGGAAGUACAAAAUUAUGUAACUUUUGACAGUGUUGUUGUGGAAAUUCCCGAGUUCCUUUGGCUUUGUGUUGUGGAAUGUGGGUUUCGAUACAUUCUUCUUCUUCUUCUUCUUCUUCUUCUUCUUUUUGGAGCAUCUUUGCAAAGAACUGCGGUGAUUCAAUUUUGAUUUCCAGACUCCCUGGACGCAUUCUGAAGUUACCCCUCCCCCCUUUUUUGGAAGUUGUUCGUUGUUUAUAAUCAUCUCCAUGUCGUUGUCGAAAAUAAAUCCGUUUGGGGGGAUUAAAAAACAGAGAAAAUAAGAGCACUCAAGGCUGAAUUUCGUUCCGGGAUUCAUGUAAUCCCAGUUUACGUAUGCGUGUGAUGUUACGUGGAUCUUCUUCUUCUUCUUCUUCUUCUUCUUCUUCUUCUUCUUCUUCUUCUAUACUCAUCCAGUUGAUCUGGUACAGUUAUAUUGGAAAUGCUUAAAUAAACUGUUCCCCAUUUUUAGAUGUCUGUAUAUCAUGAUAUAUUGUGAUCAAUGGUAGCUUUUUAAUGAGAAGAAAUCUUUUGAAAGUUAGAGAGAUUGUAGUUCAUUUUAUACAUACGAGAAAGUAUGGCCUAGAAAAACUACAGAUUACUGUCUUUUCAUUCAAUUAUUUUUUU